CUACACGACUGGCUCCAAGGAGACCUGGAUAUACGCUUUGAAAGCAGCCCAGCUUCUCCACACAGAGGAUCUUGGACAUGCCAAUGAAAUUGCAUUCCAGGUCGUAAAAGCCCACAAGACGCGUAAGUUACGUGAUUUCGUCGAUGGGCGAUUAUCCAAAGGUCGUUCAUAAUGAUACCAAGAGUGUUGAAUUUCCGGUGCUGCCCCUGGAUGCAAACUGGCGGACCAAGACUACGGUAGCGAGUCUUGCUGAUGGACCCAUCAAAGCGAUUGAUCUUAAAUCAAUUCCCACCAAAGGUCCCAUCGAGUUCCUCCAGGCGCAGGCUACUUGGAUUACUCUGCCCGACGAUUUUGGCGCCACGGCAGGACUUGUGUUCACAAGCCAUAAUGCAUCCACUACAAUAGUCCGUGGCUGUUCCAUAGACGCUCGGUGGACGCCAGGUCAAUACAUACAGGGUCGUCAGGCUAAUUUGUUCGCCUGGCAGCCUUUUCUUGGUCCUCUUGCGGCGCCAGACUCUGAUGCUACAAUCCAACUGCCUGCUCAACUCGACUUGUUCGGCCCAGAGCUCAAAGAUCUUCAUUCACCAACUCUGAAAGCAGACCAGACGUGGCUAGAUGCCCUAGCGCCUCCAUCCGCAGCUAGCCAAGGAAAUGACAGUUACACAAUGUCGACAUUCGAUACACUUCUCAACGUAACAGUGUUGAACAAUCCUAGCUUUGGCACUGAAUCAGAAGCCAGUAUCAACGCGGACUUUCCCCGGAUAUUGCUUGAAUUCAUCACCGAUCUAUACUUCGUCGACGCCAUUUCGCGCAUUGGCCUCAACCUCCAGUAUUCCCAUGAUCCAGCCACUGGUAAUCCGCUCAGCAGUAUCAUAGACCCUACGCUACGUUUGCCCAUUGCGGGCGAUCCCCCAGAUCGCAUCUUGUUCGGUGGACCCACCUUCGCCAGACCGCCAGCCGGCUUCAACUACACAGUCCUGCACCACAAUUGGUAUCGCUAUGGCCAAGCUUGGAUGCUGCACGAUUAUCCGCAGUACGUGUCUGCUGCCGUCUUGCUCUUUACUCUGCUGCUCGCAGUGCUUCACGCCGGGUUCAUGCUAUGGCGAGCCGAGUCGAGUGAUGCGUGGGACUCGAUUGCAGAGCUGAUCACUCUGGCGUAUAAUUCAGGCAGAGGAGAUAAUGACGAGGGGAUCUCGAAUGCUGGUGCUGGAAUCACGAAUUUGUCGACGCUGAACAAGGUCGCGCAGGUCAGAGAAGUUAGUAUGCAGAGAGGUGAGGGGUCUGAUGGUCAGCGGAAGGUGGAGUUGGUCAUCACGGAUAGGGGUGUUCAUGAUUACGGGCACAGGAUCGCUCUAGAUCAGGGCUAUAGCUAGAUUUGUUGACUCAUGCUGAUAAACUAGACUUAUAGAUAUAUAGAGAUAGACCAGUACUGGUAUUAUAGUACUCUAUAAGUAUAACUCGAAGCUCCAUACCAGUGCUCUCAGAUAGUCUUUCACAGCCCAAUCCAUAUACUCAC